GUUACCGCCUUCUUUCUAAACUCAUCAAUUGAGUGUUUGCAUCUCUGGGUCAAUAGGGCUGUGCCCUUGGCCAUCGUCACUUCUACAACAUACGUACUCUCUUACCUCUUCGUUUGGAUGUUCCUGCGGCCUAAAGAUUAACUGCCGACGAUUAGAUGCCGGCAAAGUCAGCAGACCACUCAUGUCUUUCACCUUUCUAUCCAUGGCAACAAUUUGCGAUACCUUUCACGACAUCCAUAACAUAGCAAUACCAGCAUAUUCACAACUUCCUGAAACAAGCGACACGGGCAAGUCCGGAAGCAAGCAGCCGCCAUGGACAGCUCCGCGAUCACAUACGCUACGUCGAAAGACUGGGUCGACAUCAUGAAGAAUAGAAGUAAGGUGCGAAUGCACGAGCUCAUUGAGCGCCUCGGUCUUAGAGCAAAGUGGUCGUCCAACAAGCGAGGCAAGACCAACUUUGAGUCCGCGUUAGUCCGGGAAUUGGUGCAGGACAUGGCGGACAUCGUGAAUACCCUGCCUAAAGAGUCGGAUGAUCUCAUGAAGUGUCUGAGCGAGGAGCAUAGCCUGAGAUUCGAGGUAGAUGCGCUUCUGGACAAGCAUGGGAGCAGGAUUUGGGGUCGCGUCGGUGACCGAGAACAUCUGAUCACCGCGAAUGAGCCUGGCGUGGAAGAGAGCCUCUACCCAAGAGACCUUUACGUUGACAGCGAAGAAGACAAGUCACUCAUACACAAGCUUUUACAUUGGUGGAUUGGACUCAAGGCAUGCAAUGUCAUCCUGGCACGUGAACGUCUUGAUCGCGAACGAAAGAAGAAGGAAGACAGUCGGAAAGCCAGAGCUGAAGCUGAAGUCAACGGACAGAAUGCGACUGGCGAGAGCAGUACGCCCGCGUCGUUCGUCGCCCUCGCACCAAAUUCCGUGUUCCAAAGUGAGACAGGGUCACGUGGAAGCCCCAUAUCCACCACUGCAAUGCUGACACCUCCAGAAGCAGGUGGCAGUCCGGUUGCAGGCCCUCGUGAGGGCCCCGGUUCUGUACCUGUCAACGGUGGUGCAACAGGUGAGAGCGGCAUCUCAAGAUCGUCGACCCCAAAUGAACAGCAGCCCGCGAAAGUCGUCAACGGCGUGUGGGAAAGACUUGCAGCAAGAGAAAGUGGCAGCUCUCAUCAGGCAAAUGCAUACUGGGCUGCUGCAAAUGCGACCCCACCGCAAUUGGCAGACAGUAAGAUUGCUGUGCAACAGCAAAUUGCGCAAGCAAAUCAAGCAGUUGUCGACAAACAGAUAAGCGUCGAAGUUGCCAAGCUUGUCGCGAGUUUCCGCUCUGAUGACGCGGCCACUGAGGAUGUACCCCAACGUAACGCCAGUGUACCGUAUCCGGGACUAGACUACGACACUUUGAGAGCGCUCCGAGCGCUCAUCUACAACGAAGAAUGCAGCGUGCAAUGGGACGAGGAAGCACUUCUCAACCGGCUAGAGAGAACUUGGAGAGAAAGUGUGCGAGCCGACUCUGAUAAGAUGAUCCAAAACAUUCCGGUCUUCAUCGCUAGGGAGCGAGCCAUCCUUACGUGGAUAGAGCUUAGACGACAUCUUGCAGCGCUCGACCGUGCAGACAGACGUUGGAACUCCGAGGGCCAAAGCGCGCCCGAGAUUGAGAGACGUAUCCAACAACACAGAACGCUUAUGGGCGCCACACAAACCAUCAUCGCUAAUUUCGACGAUGUCGGGCAAGGCUUCGGUCUUGGCCAUGGACUCGUAGUUGACAGAGAUGAGCUGUUGCGCCAAGCUUUUGUGGUCCUCGCUGGCGAGAAAUAUGCGGUGGAGAUGCGGUGGAAUCCAAUUGAGUUCACAAGAGUCAUCAGCUGGCUAGGAGAAAGUCUCGAGCCCUUUCGCAGAACCGAAGAGGAAGAAGGAAGGGGUACUCUGUGGUAUGUUGCGUAGUGCACUGCCGGGGCACAGACUGCCUCUAAGAAUAUUCAUGUACAUGUUACUGUUUUAGGCUGCAGCGUUCAGGGCACUUGUCGAUCCAAUGAGCCAGCACUAUCGGAUUCGGGUAAUCGGCCAUACAUGUUUCAGGGUAUUUCAUUAUGUUCUGGGAUUGUGUAGGAUUGCGCUAGAGCUCGUGCGGCAGGCCGUUGGAAAACCCUUCGCAGCGCAUGGCAAGGGACGCGACGCUACUCAUGUACGCUUUAGGGAAAGUCUUAGGUGUACGUCAAGCUCGGGGUAUGUUGGCGAGCAGGCGGGGUGACAUUAUGUUCGCUAGGCGUAGUAUUGCCGAGGGCGGACGUCGUACGUCGCAUACAAUCAUGCCUAAAUCGUUAUUUUAUGUGUCGCA